GUGGUGUGUGGAUUGGUUGCGCGUGUGUGUGUGUGUUUGGAUGUUUGUUUUUGUUUUGACCUAUCCGCAGCCGCCGCUGCUCGUGCACACAGAGCGUCACCCACAUACACACACACACAAGCACACAAGCACGCACCAACUGAACCAAGCCACGCCAUCGCCAAAGGCAGAACAGACAUCGAUCUGGACCGCAAACCGCCACAGACUGGUUGGAAACCUGACACGCACGCACGCACGGCAUCCCUGGCCCCAUAUCGCAUCACAUUCACCAGCAGCCAAAAGUCACGCGUGGUGAUUGCGCGUCGCCAGCACAUCGGUGAAGAACAAGUUGGACCACGCAGAGCACUGCCACACCAGCAGCGGUAGCAGCAGCAGCAGCAGCACGCAGCACCAUGAUGCUCGCACGUGUGCAGAGGCGCCUGUUGCAUGCGGCGCGGUGCGUUGGUGCCGCGGGCUCGACCAACACGACGACGACAAGCGACCUGCUCAGCAUCUUCAGCGCAACAGAGGACGCCACCACGCUCACCUCAUCACCGCCGCAGCAGCGCAGUGGCAGCCGCUCAAAGCAGUCAAAGUGCCGUCUCGCUCCCACCAACCCGGUGGAGCACGGGAUGGCGGAUGCCAACUCGUUUUUCAUUGUUGACCGGCGGGACGAGCCCGUUGUGAGCGACGUGUUCCUGAAGCGCCGCCGUCGCGACGAGGUGCGGCAGCAGGGGUUCUGCUCGUUUCUCCUCCGCCAGAGCACCAUGAAGGUCGCCAGCAUCAUCGACGCGCAGAAGGACAAGGCUGCGCUGCCGCAGGUGUUCCUCAUCGGAAAGGACGGCCACGGCAAGUCGACGGCGCUUGCGUAUCUGUCGUACCGCUACUGGAAGGAAGGCUGGGUUGUCCUUCCCGUGUCCUCUGGGGCGCGGUGGGUGCUCGAGCCGCACUACAUUGACAUGUCGACGUACAAGCCCGGGCGCGUGGACAGCACGCGUGACGCCAUCACCUGGCUCAACAGCUUCUUCAAGCUCAACUCAGACCGCAUCGCAGACCUGAAGACGACGAAGAAGUACACGUGGCUGGAAGGAUCCCACACAACCGCCGUCGGCACCCCACUCAAGGAGCUCCUGUCGUUGAUUGAGGAGGAUGACCGGUCCUCUGCGGACAUAGUCGGUGUCAUUGUCAAGGAGCUCCUGGCAGCAAAGGACAGACCGAAUGUGCUGCUGGCGGUCGACGACAUGAACGGCCUCUUUGAGCCAGAGACGUCUGUCCUCGACGAGAACUUCAAGCCCGUCAACCCAGAGGACAUGUCGCUGGUGCGCACGUUCCGCAAGGUGUUCCGCAACCACUCGAGCCUCGACCGCGUCGGUAUUGUCGCCGCCACCAGCACCUACUCUGGCGUCCUUGCUGACCUCAACGACGAGACACGCACCAUGCUCAACAUGAGCCACCGCCUGUCAUCCUCCACGCCCUCCGCAGCCGCUGCGAGCAGUGAUGGCGAUGGUGAUGGCGACGAAGAGGCUGUCGUGGUGGACGACGCACGCACCGUGCCUUCCUCCCUCGCCACCUCCGCGUACAAGAUUGCCUAUGGGAUUGCCAGCGAUGUGGAGGUGACCUCCUUCCUCGACUAUCACAACAGCAUUGGCUGGUGCAACAUGCCGUCCAACGCCAAGACAGCAAAGCUGCUGCAGUCCCUCUCUGCAGGCAACCUUGCCCUUCUCUCCAACCACCUCCGCGCGUGCUGAGCGGGCUUGUCCCACUCCUGUCCCCUCCUCUCUCAUCCUAGCUGUGUGUCCCAGUGUCCUGUCGGUGUGUCGGGUGAUGUGAUGAUGUGAUGUGAUGUGACGCGUCCGUGUUGUGCCCUUUGCUGUCGACGACGUCUUCCUUCUCCAGUACGAUAUCCCCUCCUCUCGGCCUGUGCGAUGACGCGACGCGCAGAAGCGGUGCUGCCUGCUGACGCGCAGUCCUUGCUCGCCAACACCACCACCACCACCACCACCAACAACAACAACAACAACAACAACAACAACAACAACAACAACAACAACAACAACAACAACAACAACAACAACGGCAACAAACCGAUGGGGUGGUUUGCUUCUGUGUCUGCUCCUUGGGUCGAUGUUGUUGUUCACGCCAACAUGGAUCCUAAUGCGGCCCAUGUACGCUUGUAUGCGUGUGUUGCUUGUGUGUUUAUGCAUGUAUGGGGUUUUCCUUACCUGCGCGCUGAGUUUUGUUUUUGACUGACUGACGCACGUGUUGAAACCACAUUGUGGUGGCCAUGCUGGUUUUGUUGUCUUGCCCUUGCUGUUCCCUACACGCUUCACAGCCAAUGAAGGGUGUGGCUGUUUUGUCUUGCGCAUUUUAUUGGUUGUGUGUUGUUAGUUGAUGUUGCCCCUUUCCCUACAUGUGGGCGAAUCAUCGUCCCCUCAGCCAGCUGUUGGUGUUUGUUGUCUUGAGCAAUGCAUGGUCUUGCCGUUUGAUCGUCAGUCUGAGCGCGCGCGUGUUCUUCUCAUUUCCAUCCAUUCAUGCGUCAUCAUCAUCAUCGUUUUGGACUUUCUUUCUUUUUCUUCUCGGUGCAUGUGUGUGCUUUUGUGUGUACUGUUGUAUGUGUGUGGGGUGCUGCACCAGAAAGCAGAUAAAAUUAAACAACAGACAGUGCCG